GACUGACCAUUGCAGUCUUCACACAGAGGAGAUUACUUCUGCUUACGGACAGAACUGAGGACUGCAGAUAACCUAUUAUGGAGACCUUGAAGAGUGCAAGGAAAGAGGACUCUGGUGAAACUGGCAGUGACUUAUCUGAACAGAUCAAAGCCGCCACUAAAGAAAACCAUGUCAGAGCUGAAAACACACAGCUGAUGCUUAGUUACCAGAAGGGACAGAUUACUCUGCCACAAUACAAGGUCCUGCUGUGUUCCCUCUAUGAGAUCUACAAGGCUCUGGAAGAAGAGCUGGACAGGAAUUCGUCUCAUCCUGCCGUGGCGCCCAUUUACUUCCCUCAGGAACUCGCACGGUUGGAAUCCAUUGAAAGGGAUCUGGAGUAUUUUUUUGGCCCGAACUGGAGGAACCAAGUGAUAGUCCCUGCAGCUACACACAGAUAUGAACAGAGACUGAGAAAGAUUGGGAAAGAGAAGCCUGAGCUGCUGGUUUCCCAUGCCUACACCCGCUACCUUGGCGACCUGUCAGGCGGACAAGUGUUGGGGAAAAUCACCCAGAAAUCUUUGGGCCUGAGCAGCAAAGAAGGGCUGUCGUUCUUCUCCUUCCCUGGUGUUAGCAGCCCCAACCGCUUCAAGCAGCUGUACAGGAGCCGCAUGAACAGCGUGGAGCUGACUGAGGAGGCCAGGGCGGCGGUGCUGGAGGAGGCCGUGGCGGCCUUCGAAUUAAACAUCCAGGUUUUUGAUGACUUGCAGAAAAUGCUGAGCAUCACAUCUGAAACGGACCAAUCAAACGGCCACUCGGCCAAUACCAGGUUCUCAGGGUACCCCAUCCUGCAGUUCACAGUGGGACUUUGCGUUGCCCUGGCAACUGUUGGAGCUGGGAUGUAUGCAAUGUAGAAAUGGGGCUUUAAUCCUCCAAAAGCACAUGGAGCACUUUACAAACUGAGGAAAUCAAGAUUAAGGUCUUAACUUUAGCUGUACAGCAGAACUGGAACUUAGAGCUUGUUUUGCAAAAUGAUAAGCAGGGGAGUUUUUUUCUUUUAUAUGAACAAGUCAAAUGUAUUUUUGGGGGGGAAUUUUAUGUGAUUUAUUGACUCAAAGCAACAUAUGUAAGAAACUCUGAAACUAAAAAAAUGAUGCAUGUCUUUUUAAAUUUGUUCAAAAAUAAACAUUUGUAAAAAGAUGUGCAAUUCCAUCACUGCUUUCAUCUGUGCCUUACGCAUAUCACAACCAGUCCUACACAUCGAGUCU